UUGGCCACCCCUGAUUUAGCGCAUUGAUUUCAUGACUCGAGCCAGCGUUAUUAACAUAAUUAAUUACAUUUAUUUGCAUGCUCUCAUUUUGCCACUGGAUGCCUAAUUCCCCUGCCAUAGAAAUACAGGGUUUCAGUGUCACCUACUGGCCAUAAAGUGAACGUCGCCGUGACGUCACACAAGCAACAACAGAUUCUGAGCGAGCACACAGCCCCUUUAAUCGAGACCCCAGGAGUGUGCAGUGGAGGUAUUGGAGGUUCCCUAUCAGGGUUUCCUGACCCAACCACCACCCUCCCCCUCAGAAUAAGCCAUCCUGUCUUAUUUGCGGGGGGGGGGGGGUUCAGACAACAAAGGGGUCGGCCCCGCCCCUCACUAUCAAGACGUUCUCAGGGUAGGGGGGGGUUAUCGCGAACCAGAGAGCGCUCCACCCCGCUGGCGAGCACGGGCACACAGUGUGCGAGAGGGAGGAACUGCAGAGUCACCCCGUCCCGCUGAGGAACGCUGAAUCACCCAAGGGAGGUGGGGCAGGAACAAAGUGGCUCUUUCUUUUCUAAAGCGGUCUGCUGAGGGGAUGUUCAAGGAAAAUGCUCAGGCUUUGCACAUCUGGCCGCUGUACGGAACAGCAAGGCCCCACUUCCAGCUUCACAUUCCACAGCUGUGCGGAGAGAGAGAGAGAUGUAGAAGGAGCAAAGGGAAGAUAACGGAAAAGAAAAGAGUAGAAAGACAAAGAUAGACAAGACAGAGAGAGAGAGAGAGUGAAACGCAGGAGUGAAGGUAACGGGAACAACGGAGUAGGAAGACAAAAAUAGAAGAAGGAGAAACAGUGAGAGAGAGGGGGAGAGAGAGAGAGAACAUUAUUGAAAAAAGGGUAGGCAAGAAAAAAUAGUUUCUGGCAGAAAAGACAGCAAGCCUGAGCAAAAAAAAAUGGCACGCUUCCUAAACUCCACACCCCCCUCAGGCCUGGAGAGAGUCACCAAGAGACGUCUGUUCCUCGCCUGCUUGGCCUUGUCUGGAUUCAUCUACUUCCUGCGAAGCCGAAAAGCGGGGGUCUCGUCGGCCCUCUCCCGGUCGGAGGAGGGGGAUAACCCGGGACAGGCGGGGAACCCGGCGGACCUCCUGAACGAGACGUCGUGGCGCGCGCCGGUGGUGUGGGGCGACAGCGAGGUGUCGGAGCGCCACCGGGAGGCGCAGUCCUACCGCACCUUCCGCGUGGGCCUGGCGGCGUUCGUGGUGGGCCGCUACUCCCAGCACCUGCUGCGCUUCCUGGUGUCGGCCGAGCGCCACUUCCUGCUGGGCGAGUACGUCUUCUACUACAUCCUGACCGACAACCCGCGGGCCGUCCCGGACCUGGAGCUGCCCGAGGGCCGCGAGCUCAGGCCCAUCCACGUGGGCGAGAUGCCCGAGUGGAGGCGCCUGUCCCGCGUCCGGAUGUCCCGCUUGGCCGAGGUCAUCAAGGACCGGAUCCAGAAGGAGGUGGAGUACAUCUUCUGCAUGGACGUGGACCAGGAGUUCGUCAACCCCGUGGGCACGGAGAUCCUGGGGGACCUGGUGGCCACCCUGCACCCCGAGUACUGCGGGAUGCCCCUGGGCACCUUCCCCUACGAGAAGGACGAAACGUCGCAGGCCUUCGUGGAGGCGGGCGAGGGCGACUUCUACUACACCUCGGAGCUGUACGGGGGCCUGUGCGCGGAGGUGUACGCCAUGGCGCUCACCUGCUCGCAGCUGAUCCUGCAGGACGGCGAGGCGGGCUUCCACGCGCUGCGCUACGAGGAGAGCUACCUGAACCGCUACCUGGUCAACCGCCGGCCCACCUGCGUGCUCUCCCCGGAGUACAGCUGGUGGGACUCCCCCCGCACGCUGGAGGUGCCCGUCCAGCGCGUCGUCUCCAUCGGCCGCCAGUGCGCCGCCCUGGAGCCCCAGAAGAGGGAGGCCAAGAGGUGCUGAGGAGGGGUGGGGGGGGAAGGAAGGAAAGGAG